CGGCGAUGCUGAGCGUUUCCUGGUUCGGGGCUGCCACGCAUUCCCCGGUGACCACAUUCUCUUUGGCCUCACGACUCGCUGUUGGUGCAUCAAGAGUGUUUCGACCCCAGAAGUCAACUGGGAGCUUGAGAGAUGGCUGCCCAGUGUGUGACGAAGGUGGAGCUGAAUAUCUCCUGUGACAAUCUUUUGGAUAAAGAUGUAGGAUCCAAGUCGGACCCUUUAUGUGUGUUGUUUUUGAACACCAGCGGUCAACAGUGGUAUGAGGUUGAGCGCACAGAGAGGAUUAAGAAUUGUUUGAAUCCCAAGUUUUCCAAGACAUUUAUUAUUGAUUACUACUUUGAAGUGGUUCAGAAAUUGAAAUUUGGGAUUUAUGACAUUGACAACAAAACUAUUGAUCUGAGUGAUGAUGACUUCUUGGGAGAAUGUGAAUGUACCCUUGGACAAAUUGUUUCCAGUAAGAAGCUAACUCGGCCACUGGUGCUUAAAAAUGGCAGACCUGCAGGGAAAGGAAGCAUCACGAUUUCAGCGGAAGAGAUAAAGGAUAAUAGAGUGGUCUUGUUUGAAAUGGAAGCAAGAAAGUUGGAUAAUAAGGAUCUGUUUGGGAAGUCAGAUCCAUACCUUGAAUUCCACAAGCAGACAUCAGAUGGAAACUGGCUAAUGGUUCAUCGGACAGAGGUUGUUAAAAACAAUUUGAAUCCUGUUUGGAGACCUUUCAAAAUAUCCCUGAACUCUCUGUGCUAUGGAGAUAUGGACAAAACUAUUAAGGUUGAGUGCUAUGAUUAUGAUAAUGAUGGGUCACAUGAUCUCAUUGGAACAUUUCAAACCACCAUGACAAAACUGAAAGAAGCUUCCAGAAACUCACCUCUUGAAUUUGAGUGCAUUAAUGAAAAGAAGAGGCAAAAGAAGAAAAGCUAUAAGAAUUCAGGGGUUGUCAGUGUGAAACAGUGCGAGAUUACUGUGGAGUGCACGUUCCUCGAUUAUGUCAUGGGGGGAUGCCAGUUGAAUUUUACCGUGGGAGUGGACUUCACUGGCUCCAACGGGGACCCGCGCUCUCCCGACUCCCUGCAUUACAUCAGUCCCAACGGGGUUAAUGAGUACCUGACGGCUAUCUGGUCCGUGGGCCUCGUUGUUCAGGAUUAUGACACUGAUAAGAUGUUUCCAGCUUUUGGUUUUGGAGCGCAGAUACCUCCACAGUGGCAGGUUUCACACGAAUUUCCAAUGAACUUUAAUCCAACCAAUCCUUUCUGUAAUGGAAUACAAGGUAUCAUAGAGGCUUAUCGGAGCUGCCUUCCUCAGAUAAAGCUCUACGGACCGACGAACUUUUCUCCAAUCAUAAAUCACGUGGCCAGAUUUGCUGCCGCCGCCACGCAACAGCAGACAGCUUCCCAAUAUUUUGUGCUGUUGAUCAUUACUGACGGUGUGAUCACAGACCUGGAUGAAACCAGACAGGCUAUAGUCAACGCUGCCAAGCUCCCCAUGUCCAUCAUCAUCGUCGGAGUUGGGGGUGCCGACUUCGGCGCCAUGGAGUUUCUGGAUGGUGAUGGGGGGACUCUCCGUGCCCCCUCAGGGGAGACGGCCAUCAGAGACAUCGUGCAGUUUGUGCCUUUCAGACAGUUCCAGAAUUCUCCGAAAGAAGCGCUGGCUCAGUGUGUCUUGGCAGAGAUCCCCCAGCAGGUGGUGGGCUACUUCAACGCUUACAAACUCCUUCCUCCCAAGAACCCAGCUACAAAGUAAGAGGAGCGGCACCGCCUGACUUCAGCCUUCUCUUGCGCUGUGUGGACCGAUGGAUUUGUCUCUAACUCCAGAUAAUGAAAGCUGGGAUGUAAGCCUGGUUAUCCAAUAGAUCCUAUCUAUAUAUAAUAUUAUUUUUAUACUCUUUCGGCAGGAGGAACAUGCUAAGUGACUCUUUGCUCAAUCAGUUCAAACAGUGAUUGCUAAUAAUUUGGAUUAAUUGCAGGGAGGCUAUUAGGAUUAGAAGAUAGUGUCAAAAAAAAAAGCCAUUUUUAUUGCCAUCGUUUGUUUUCAUAUGAUAAAAAUGCUGUUUUUGAAAACAUUGGUCUGCAGAAAGAAUGGGAAACUAUUGAAAUGGUGUGAUUUAUAGAUUGUUACGCGGAAUUUGUUCUAGGGAAUAUGUUUUACAAACCACUGUUUAUACCUGGGUUUUCAUGCCUGUUAAGUUAGAUGAUACUGAAUUUGUUGCCCUAAACUGUAUUCAGUACUCUUCCGUGGAAUAAACUACCUUCUCUUGUACCUGGAUUUUGCUGUGCACUUUACAAAAUAGCAUGUCAUCGGACUCCAGGAGAAGUCUAGAUGAGACGGAAAGCAGAUACUCAGUUCUAAAAAUGUUUAAUCAGUAAGUAUAAGAAAACUCACGGAAGUAAGCAAUUUCCUUUGUCUUUCUAGAUCUUCUGUUUUCAUUGUAGAGUACUGUAAUCACUGUCAGCUCCAACCUUUUCUUUAACUUUUGUGAUCCUCAGGAAUCUGUAACUGCAUAGAUAAUCAGUUGUUCUAGAUUCAGAAUUAUUCAUUAUUAGCUGGAGUUCAUUAAACAGUUGGGACUCAUUGUCCAGGAAGCUGAGAACCAAAACAUAGGAGAAAUUUAGAAUUGUGUUUCUUCUCAUUAAUGAAAGACCUUUUUUUUAUUUGCACGAACUGAUAAUAUUUACUCUGACGCUACAAAGGAAAAUUUGAAUGGGAAAUAGUCAUAGUUGACUUGAACCCAUCCUCAAUAUCAAAUUAGGUAGACAAAAAUGAACAGUGAAUGUGCACAUUUGAACAAACAACACAAUAACAAAUUAGGCUUAGUCAGUUUGUAUAGAACACUAUUCAACAAAUACAUGUUUAAAGUAAGUUUCAAUGGGAAUCAUUUGAUAUCUAAGAUCAUGAGGACUGGAGAGAUAGUACGGCAGGCAGGGUGUUUGCCUUGCAUGCAGCUGACCUGGGUUCAAUCCCUGGCACCCCGGGGACUCUUUAUUGAGCCCCUCAGGAGAGACCCUCAAACAAAGAGUCAGGAAAAGCAGGCCUAUUGUCUUUAAAAGGCAGAUUUUAUACUUUCCUUCCUACAGUCCUAUACAAUGAUUUGUAAAUUUGUAUAGAUUCAUUUAGAUAUACAUAUUUUUAAAAUUUUUUUAAGAGAUACCUUUUUUUAGUUUUAUUUCUAGGCUCUAGAUAUCUUUUGGUAUUUCUAAGGCAGAAUGCAUUAUUUUAAGCAUAAAAACUAUUAUAAAAAUUCUAAUUGCUCCAUUAAGGCAAUGUGGACUUACAUGCUUUUUAUAAAGAGUAGAUUUUAUUUUACCCAUUAGAAUAUAACAUAAUGAGGGGAGCGGGGGGAAUUGCAUUUCAGCACACAUUUACUAACUUGUUAUUGAGAAUCUGUGUGCCAAGUAGUUUUCUUAUCCCUUAUGUUGACCAAUCACUUUUAAUGAUUUAAUAUUACAGGUUGUUUAUCACAUAUCCUUAAGUUGGCGUGCCCAGUGCCAUGUUGAUAUGCAAACUCAUGCCACUGCUCAUGUCUCGUGCAUUCUCAAAUGUCUGAGGAAUGUGCCCUCUAAGCCUCAGACAUCUCUGGUUUCCAAUCAAAAGCUCAUUGCCAAAGUCAGCCCUGGUUGCCUUACUCUGGUUAGACCAUCAUCUCUCUCCCUAGGUGACUCUGAAUGUGUGCUGCUUACCUACAGGUCCUUGGCUGGGAGUACCUUUAUGAGUAAUUAUCUGAGUACCUUUUUGAGUAGUAAGUUAUGAGCAGUGAGACUGUCAUAUGUCCCAUUACUCACCAUGCCAUUUUUGAUACUAAGGGAGAAGAAAAUGGAUCGUUCUAUUGUUCUUCCAAUCGUUUGGAAUCUUCCAUGCCUCCUAUAUCUUAAUUUUAAUUUGUCCUGUGUGCUUGGAAACAGCAUUUUGGUCUUGCUGUGUUUUUAAGAAUUUUCUUUUUUAAAUACUUGGACCUUUACAGAAGAUAUCGACAUUUCUUUUUUUUUUUCUUUUUUGCUUUUUGGGUCACAUCCGGCGAUGCCCAGGGCUUACUCCUGGCUCUGCACUCAGGAAUUACUCCUGGCAGUGCUCAGGGGACCAUAUGCGAUGCUGGGAAUCGAUCUCGGGUUGGCCUUGUGCAAGGCAAAUGCCCUACCGGCUGUGCUAUUGCUCCAGCCCCCCAUGGACAUUUUUUGAUAUAGAAAGUGGAUGGAAGCGGAGUUUGUCUUGUCUGAGGUUGGGGCAGGUCCUGCUGACAGAACUUUCUCUUUUAAUCCAGGUCUUCUAGCACCUGCAUCUCCUGUGUAGGGAUGUGGGAACCACAGUCAGGAGCAUUUGCUGUUCUCAUCAGCCAAAUAAUAACGGCUCUGUCACUACUGUCUGCUUGACUUGCUCUUCAUAAUUUUAUAUUCUAUUUUUCACUAGAACGUUCCCUUCUUAAAGUUAUUAUUAUUCAUCCCUGAGCAGGUUUAUCAGUCAAUGCUAUUAUCCAUAAGAGCUGUGAUUCCAGACAUUUAGAGUAAUUGGCACCCAUUCUGCAGUUUUGAAUAAAAGCUUUUACAAAUCCCAAUGAUCGUUUUAUAAAAUUCUUACAAUCUCAACACUUGACUUCAUCACAUGCCAGUUUAAUAUUGUUUCAUAUUCCUAUAGCUCUGCUCCUGUUGAACCAUUGUUCAUUCAAGUGCCAUUCAAAAAAAAAAUACAUUUGAAGAAAAAAUAGCCAAGCCAACUUUCAUGCUUCAUAUAAUUAGAUAUAUAACAUAUAUUGGAGUGGCCAUGCACUCAAUAGACAAUAUUUUUCACAUAUGCCUGUUCUGAGAAUAUAGCAUAGCAUUUGGCUUGUUCCAUCAUCUUGCACUUAGAUUUAAAAGUAUAAGACUAUAUACAUUUAAAAUCAGACUUGAAUUUUAUAAUUGUUCACUUUGUUAGUGCCUUAGGCAGCCUUUUAAGAGUAAAUUCAGGGUCCCAUUGUCAUUUACGUUGCAUUUUGAUAUAUUUUUCCUUUUUUAUUUUGUAAAUUUUGUGGGAAGCUAUCUUCAAUAAGUGUCUCCUAGUAUUUUUUAUGUGUGUAGUUAAAAGUUGUAGAAGUGACACAUAAUGUAAGACAGAAGUUUGGCUGAGAUUAUGAGAGACUUUGUGCUUUGAUGGAUGUCAUGCUUGAUAAGUGUAUGUUACUCAUGUAUGAAUUGAUGUUAAAUAUAUCUUCCAUUAGAAGUCCCUUUGGCUAAAUCUGUUUCAUAAUAUAAUGCCAUAUGUCUUUGUUUUCAUUUGUAUUCUUUCUCUAAUGUAACUAAGACCAAUAGAAAAAUCUACAAAUAAAGUAAAUAUUAUA